AUGCUCGUGAUUGGCUCUCGGGAGUUUUCGCAGGCUCCCCCAGGACCGUUCCCGGAUCCCGAAUUCACGCGACACAACUACCUCACACCGUUCCCUCCCCUCUUGUCAUCCCUUUCCCGACCUCGUCGUCGUCGUCUCUCUCGUUCCGGAAUGCAGUCUCUGGCUAGAUCAGCGUUGCGCCCGGCGCUUCGGGCACGUACCUUCGCCUCGUCGGCGACGAGGGCGCAAGCGGCGGCGGUAGAGAAGCAGCCGCUCUUGAAGGAGUUCAAGAUUUACCGUUGGAACCCGGAUGAGCCAGAGAAGAAGCCUACUCUCCAGUCGUACACCAUUGAUUUGAACCAGUGCGGACCUAUGGUUCUUGAUGCGCUCAUCAAGAUCAAGAACGAGAUCGACCCGACGUUAACGUUCCGUCGCUCUUGCCGAGAGGGUAUCUGUGGGUCUUGCGCCAUGAACAUCAACGGCCAGAACACCCUGGCCUGCCUCUGCCGCAUUGACCGUAACGCUUCGAAGGACUCGAAGAUCUACCCCCUUCCGCACAUGUACAUCGUCAAGGACCUGGUGCCUGACCUUACGCUGUUCUACAAACAAUACAAGUCCAUCGAGCCCUACCUGAAGAACGACAACCCGCCAGAGAAGGGCGAGUUCUUGCAGAGCCAGGAGGACAGGAAGAAGCUGGAUGGGCUUUACGAGUGUAUCCUGUGCGCGUGCUGCUCAACGAGUUGCCCGAGUUACUGGUGGAACCAGGACGAAUACCUCGGUCCAGCCACUUUGAUGGCUGCCUACCGAUGGAUCGCUGAUUCACGAGAUGCCUAUGGUGCUCAACGCAAGGAGCGUUUGCAGAAUGAGAUGAGCAUGUACCGUUGCCACACUAUCUUCAACUGUGCGCGGACAUGCCCGAAGGGUCUCAACCCCGCCGCCGCUAUUGCCAAGAUCAAGCUGGAGCUGGCAGCCGACUAA